UCAUCAUCAUCAUCAUCAUCAUCAUCAUCAUCAUCAUCAUCAUCAUCAUCAUCAUCAUCAUCUCUAUUCACCUUCUUCCAUCCUCUUCCAUCCUCUUCCCCCCUUCCUCGCUCUUCCUUUCUCCUUCCUCAUUCUCUCCAGUCACUCUCAUCCCUCUUCCCCUUCAUCCCAUUUUCCCUAUCCUGUCCCCACUUCAUCACUCAUCUCUUUUUUUCUCUCACUCUCCCGCUCUCUUCUCUAUCAAUCACGCACUCACGCUCUCCACGCUCGAUCUCCACCUCUUCUAUCCUUCUCCACCUCUUCAACCGAACGCGCUCUACUCUCACCGGACACAAUCAAUCGUGUUUCCCCUCUCAAUCUCCGCUCUCCCGUCAUAUCCUUCCCUCUCUAUCCUCAAGCGUUUGAAACAAUAGCAAGAGUAGUCCGACCAUGGCUGGUCUGUUUUCAAAAAAAUCCAAAAAGGAAAAGGAAGAAAAGACCGCUGCCAAGAACGCUGCUGCCGCUAGUGCCAUCAAUGCCACCUCCAUCUCCUCCGUCCCUGGAGUCCCGGCGUCGACCUCCAAUAUCUCAUCGAUAGGUCCUCCUGGCUCGACCGGCUCCAUUGCAUCCUCCACCUCGAACCCCCCCUCAGGCACCAAGCCGGGUGCAACAACCACAACUAUGUCAGGGGCACAUAUGCGUGACAACUCAAUUUCAGCCUCAGCCUCAGCCUUAGAAUACGCGACUCAGCACCAGCAGCAACAGCAGCAACAGCAGCCACAACUUCAACAACAACAGCAGCAGCAGUAUGGAAUGCAGGCGUCCUCGAGCAAGUCGUCUUUUGACAAUGACAAGGCGCGGGUGUAUCAUCUUCAACAGCAGCACCAGGGCCUCAAUAACGUCGUCUCUGCCUCGUCUAUCUCGACCCACAACUCCUUUGCAAACUCAAACGGACCAUGGCUCUCGGUCCAGGUCAUGUCCGUCAAUCCCUUUCCACGCUUUUCGCAUACGGCAUCUUAUGUCCAAACUGGCACCGAUAUCUAUAUCUUUGGAGGCAUUGUCAAAGACUCAGCUCAAAAGGAUCUGCACGUUAUUGACUUCCAAUCGUUGCGUUGCCAGGUAUUACCUGCUGUUGGCGCCGACAGCCCACCACCGACGACGGGCCAUACAGCCGUGAUUCUUGGCCAGUACAUCAUGUAUUUCGGUGGCAAGGACGCAAAAAACAAAUGCAGUGAUGCACUUUAUGUUCUCCACACUGUCCGCAAGGAAUGGAAUCGGCCAAUCAUCCACGGACUAUUGCCCGCACCUCGUCAUUCGCAUGCGGCCUGUGUUAUCGGGACGACCAUGUAUAUCUUUGGCGGACAAUUCAACGGCUACUAUCUUAAUGACAUCGCCUCCUUCGACAUGAAGACCCUAAACACUGCAAGCCCUAAGUGGAAUCGCCUGGAGCCCUCGUCAGAACUGCCCCCUGCACGUGCUGGACACUGCGCGGCAGCACACGACGGCAAGAUCUAUAUUUUCGGUGGUGCAGAUGAGCAGUUCUUUUACAACGAUAUUUGGUGCUACGAUCCACAGACAAACAAAUGGGAGGCAGUGCCAGCGUUCGGGGUCCUUCCUACGAGUCGGCAAGGCCACGCAGCCAGCGUGGUGGAUGAUACCAUGUAUAUCUAUGGAGGUGUUAAUCAUGAGGAUCAGCUCUUGGGCGACCUUUCCGCCUUUAAGUUUUAUGACCGCCGCUGGCUUACAUUCCCUGACACUGUAGAGUCGCCGUCCCCAAGGGCCGAACAUGCAAUGUGCACCGUUGGCGACAAGAUUUACAUUCUGGGCGGACAGCUGGAACCGAACGCCGAUGAUGACGCAGGAUCCGUUUAUAUCCUUGACACGACCAAAAUUAAAUACCACGAGCCGUCAUUGAUAGGAUCCCAGCGACCAGCUUAUGACAACGAUAGUACGCUACGCGUGGAUGGUAUCCAGGAUGAUUCCAAUCCAUCCUCCCAACGGCCGACGCCAUCCCUCAAUUCAAACCGACAGCAUAAUGACCUUAACUACGACACCCGCCGUGCCUUCCAGCUACAACAGCAAUCGCAGCAGCAGCACCCGGAGGCUCAUGACCAUUAUUCCAACCACUCUGCGAUACACUCGCCCCGGUUUUUGGAUGAGCCUAACACUGGAGCCCAUUCCCAGAUGCGUAGGAGCCUUGACGGCCCAGACUUAAACUCAGCGUCUCGCAGGAGGAUGGCGGGCAAGUCUAGCAACUACGUCGUGCAUGAGAUAGAACCCCGCACAACGCAGUCGAUUGACGAGACACGCCGACCCGGCAUGCUUGAAAACGACCACUACGCACAAGGUCAGCGACCUAUGCAGCUUGACAACGGUGUGUAUCCAGCGAGUCAGCAACAGCAACAGCAACAGCAACAGCAACAUCAACAUCAACAGCAACAGGAUUUGAUCCGCAGGCAAUCUUUGGACAACCGCAGCCGUGGGACCUAUACUCAGGUACCCUUGAUGCCACUACGUACCUCAAUAGAUCAAACCGGGACCGCUGUCGUUCCCACCGGCACCCCAUCCUCGCAGAACACAGCACAACAAGACUCCUCCGAUCCCCAAUUCAGUUCCAAGGAUAUCGAAAUCAGGGAGCUGAAGCAGCGAGAGCAAUGGCUUCUUGCCGAGGUUGCCAUGGCACGCAAGAAGAUGGGCGAGGGGGCCCUUAAUAUGAUGGUAGCGCUCAAGGAGGAUAUGGGAGCCUUCAAUGCGGACCGGGACAGCGAAAAGUAUCAGAUUAUGCAGGCACUUCUUAGUGUUAAGGCAGAACUCGAGCGGUCUAAGACCUCGAUCGUGACCCAAGCCCAAGUCGUGUCGAACAAGCUGCGUGAGGCCGAGCGAGUCCGUACGGCUGCCCUGCAGGAAGCAGCAUACCUCAAGGCAAAGGUUUCGGCUCUUCAGUCUGGCGAGGCAUCAAGCUUAGUCAUGACUGAGACUGUGCGAGCAGUGGACCUGGAAAAAAGACUGACGGUAGCCUUGGCACUGGUUGACAAGCUGCAAUCGCAAUCGGCACAGCACGAUGCGACUCUGGAACGGGAACGACAUGCACGGGAGACUGCCUUUGAGCGAGAACGGCAGACGACAGCGCGUGCAGAAGAGGCGGAGUUGUCACACACCCGCUCGCUUGUAGAGCUAGCGACGCUACAUGAGCGCGCCUCUAAGGCUGAGGCCAGCCUGAGAGAAUGCGAGGCCAAGAAUGCGGCCAACGAGGCUGGACUCUCGAGCUACCAGCAGCAGUCAACGGCUUUAUUCUCUCAGAUCUCGGCGCUCAAGACCACGGUCGACCACCAGAAAAAGUCGCUUGAGAAGGUCAAGCUGGCCUAUUCUGUUGCCAGUGAUCGUGCAGAGCAUGCAGACCGCCUAUGGACUCAGGCGCGUCAGGAGAUUGAUAACACGCAUCUGGAAUUUGCAAGUGUUCGUGCAGAUCUCGAGCGAGCCCAGCGCGAGGCUGAGCAUUGGAAGGCCAAGGCCCAGGACACAGAUUUGCUCUGGCAGAAGGCCAAGAACGAGAACGAGACCAUGCGGACAUUGUUGGAGGAAGACAUGAACGCAUCUACAUACACUCCUGGAACAAACAGCCGCAAGCACGAUAGUAUCAUGGCCAUUACCUCUGCGUCUCGGGUCGCAGAACUAGAGCAUGAGCUUGGGACAUUGAGGCAUCUGUUGCGGGAGUCUCAAGCUGCUGCAGCCCAAGCGAACAAGGACCUGGGUGAGGCUAUGGUCAGGAUCUCGCAACUGGAGCAGACCUCGAUGACAGCACGUGCAGAGGCCGCUACUGCCCAGCGCCAACUAACAGCGUCGGAGGAUAAGGUCGCGGCUCUUGAGACGCAAUUGAGUCAAAAGGAAGAGGCGCUCGAGGAGAUGGCCAAGGAGCAGGAGAACAACGAGGUCCAGUUGGGUGUACUCCGGGGUGUGAUGCGCGAGAAUGGUCUUUUAGCGGAUGACCUUAUUUUGGAAGCUCUGAGCCAAGGCGCGGAUGGCAAACCUGUGGUGGCCAGCCCGACCACGAUGACGGGGCUCAAGUCUAAGGUCCAGUACUUGGAGAAACGUGUCCAGGACUCGGAAGUGCAGCUGGAGGAGAUGAACGCGCUGAAGGAUCAGCAGAAGGAGAGGAUCCAGCAGCUCGAGGCGGACUAUCAGACUGCUGUGCACUAUGUGCAGGGAUCUGAGAGUAUGCUUCAACGACUCCGAGAUGAAGCGCAGGCGGCCAAGAAUGAGAAGGAUGCUACGCUGGCCAAGUUCCAGGAACUGGAGGCAGCACAUGCGCAAUGCAGCGAUCUCCGCGCCUCUGCUAGCGAGGCUGCCUCUGCCGCUGCCGCUGCCGCCGCUGCAACACUACAGCUCCAAGAAGAGAUCUCCGACCUCCAUCGUCAGCUGCAUGAUGCCAUGGGACGAUCCAUGGAGCUCGAGCAAAAGAUGGAGGAAAUGACAGGGGUACUACAGGGCUCUGAGGCAGCUGUAGAGACGACGCAAGCGGAACUCAAGGCACUCAAGGCGAAGCAUCAUGAGCACAAGAAACAGGGUGCCAUCAGUGCUGAGAACUACCAAACAAAGCUGGAACAGCUCGAGACAACUGUUCAUGAGACUCAAGCUUCCCUCGCAGAGACUCAGCAAAAGCUAGAGGCAUCUCAGCGAAUACUUGAGCAGGCACAGGCAUUAAGCAAGAGCAAGACUAAGGAAUUGGACGAGGCUUUGGUGGCACUUAAGGAUGCACAGGAAGCUGUGGCGGCUGCCAAGGAUGUGUCCGCAAGCCAGGCUUGCAAGCGCGAUCUAGAAGAGGAGAAGAAGAGGGAUGCGGCUGCAUUAGAGGCCGAACAGAAGCGGGCAGCAGCCUAUGCUGCGCAUCAGGAAGACUUGGAGCUGGUGAUUGACAAUGCACAAAAGACGAUUCAAGAACUACUGGGCAAGAAUCUGGAUCUGGAACAGCAACUGCGGGUGUCCGAGAACAAGAUCUCGAUCCUGUUGGAUAAUUUCCAGGGCCCGGAUUCUGUGCGGAACAGUGUAGCGAGUUUGAGUGGAGGUGAUGAUCUGAUCCUCCGCUUGUUGGAGGCUAACCAGCAGCAGCAACAUAUUUUGCUAUCAGGGACAACAGGCCGGUCGCAUCUGACACCAAUGUCGCAUGGGUCGAACCUGACGGACCGAUCCUCGGCGGAUUCACUUGCAAAUGAGCUGGAAAUGUUGAGGUCGAAUUGGGGACAAGCACAGUUGAACGGCACUAUCCAUCGACCAGGCGAUAUAAUGACAGCUGCAGCGGCAGCGGCAGCGGAGGGAGGCAAUGGUACAGCCAGUGCGGAAGCUGAAACACUUUCGGCAGCACCGUCAACAGUAGAUCCUUCUGGAACGACUGCGAGCACCAACGGUGGCGAGAUGACUGGGUCGGACACCACAGCAGUCUCCUCAGCACCAGUGGCAGCAGCAAAGGAAUUUCUUUCUUCAACACUGGUAUCGUCAUCGCCACCCUCGACGUUGACAUCCGCGCAGAAGCUGGAGGAGUAUGAAAAGAUGAUUGAGGAUAUGGCUAAUACUCGUCGACAGUAUGAAGAGUAGAGGGAUAGUACAGAUUUCAAAG